AAUGGACGAUUUAAAUUGGGCUACGCAUUUCAAGUCACUUAUCAAUGCUAAAUAUAGAAAUAUGCUUGAAGAUGUUAAGUUGCAAAGACAGUUGACAAACUUGACAAUGGAGAAAGUUAGAUCGGAUAGAGAACGUUUUAACGAACUUUACGAACAACGUCAAGUUUCGUUUAAAUUACGCAAAGAGAUUCUGGAUAAGGAAAAAAAUAAAAAGAGAAAGCUUGAAGAUCAACAACAAGUUUCAAUUAGAAAAAAUGAAUACGGUAAAAUUCACCUUUUCCCCCAAAUAGCCGUUGUUGAAAAUGUGGAACACUCGUCUAUCGAGCACUCACCUCCCAGUAUUGGAAGAAAUUCCUCCCAACCAAAAGCUAUUUGGGGUUUUCUAACAGGAUUUCCAAGAAGAAAAAGUAGUAUCAUACCUUUAACUAAACCUCUUUUAAAGGACAACUACCAAAAUACGGCUAUUCGCGAGGAACCUAGAAAGGAGAUUGCUAAGCUUCCUGUUCUACCCCCUUUAAACCGAGGUCGGAAAAUUUUAUUAAACGGUAGUGCGGCAAGUUCCAAAAAAUGGGCUGGAGAACCAUCGGCCAUUCGAUCCGUUCGAAGGAAAAGGCGAGAACCGAACCAGAUGGCGGCAAGACAGAGAAAUUUACAGACUUACGUUAAAAUAAAAAGACAGAUAAAGGACGUUGCUGCUGGUAACUGCAGUAAGAGGUGUGGGAAAAAUGGUAAAGGUCAAACUGGUUUGGUAGUAGAAAGUCAACAGUACAGAACAGUCUUUUGA